UUUUUUUUUUUUUUACAAAAUCCCUCACAAUGUCUUCACUCGGAUUUUUUUUUAUUUUGCAUGUGACAGAGCAUACUGUCAUGAUACUCCUGAAUAACUGCACACGGAGGACUUUCAGUGAGAGGGUUCACGUGUUGUGUUGACUAUUUAAAACCGCUGAUGGUGUCAUGGCAAAGCUCUGAAUUAAGUGAUCCAACAACUGCGAAUGAGGCCUGCUGGUGCUGGCCCCCUGCCUCCUCUCGGCGUUCUGCUGGACGACACGGCCGAGUUAAUUACUGCAGCCCCCUCUCUGUUAGAGGGCUCAGGCUUAAAUUAUCACCUCUAAUGCACCCCUGCACAUGGCAGCAACACUCUUGUGCCCGGUUGUUUGCAUUGUUAGCCACAUUCACUCGUAUUAAGAAACAACUUAAUACCGUGCCCUGCAGAAGUAUUCACACCCUUGAACUUUUAUAAAUUGCGUCAUGUGAAUACCACAGCCUUUAAUGUUUUAGAUCUAAAGAGAAAGAAAGUGAUUGGUUCAAAAUCUGAAGUUGUUCAAACUAAAACUUUAUUGUUUGCUUUUGUGUAUAAUUUUGUUUAUUCCUUUAUUACACUACGUUCAAACUCAAACUGCUUAGAACAAAGAGCACAGUCAAAGUUCAGACCUAAAUUCAUUUAAGCACCUAUCUCAAGACAUGAAAACCGGUUUUCACACACGAUUUCCAUCAAAUCUGACUCAGCUUUAUCCACUUUACAAACCCUCUUUUUGUGCAAAGUUGGUAGAAAAAUACACCAAAAGACUUGCAGCUGGAAUCAUAGCAAUAGGUGAUCCUACAAAUUCAUAAGUCUUGAGGGCUGAAUAAAAAUGCAUGCCACACUUGUCAGAUUUUUAUUUGUCAAAAUACUUUAAAAAAACCAUGUACACACCAACUUCCUUUUUAGUUAUUUUCUACUUUGUGUUUAAGUAUUACAUAAACUCAGUAAGAUACAGAGAUGUUUAUGUCACAGUGACAAAAUGUGAAAAAGGGACUGUAAGGUCAAGACCCUGUAAGCUGGUUCCGGAGUUUUACAUCUCGAAGACAUUUGGAGUGUUCGCCAGAGAGCACAAAUUAGGUUGUGGGGUAUUUGUAGCAACCCUUCAUCCCCUGAGAUCAAAGCAGAUCUGUGUCUGAGCUGCAGAUAGCGUACCUGCUCAGGGAGAAGCUCUGCUGGGGAAACAAAGAUGGGUGGUCCCAGUCAUCUCUCAUCUUGACACAACACAAACCCACCCUGCUAACUCCUCCACACCCAUUGUUUCUUCAUCUGAAGCAGAAUCUGCCUUUGAGAGGAAUGCCAUCUGCUUUAUCUGCUGUUGGCUGAGAGCAUGUCAUAUGGCUUUUAGGGAGGGAAUAUUGUAGAGGCUGAUAAAGCUGGUGGAAAUUAAAUAUUAUGCUGGUGAUGAAAGGAUUUUGCUCUGGUGAAGCAUAUGCUGACUGCUCUUUCAUCUUUGUGUUUUAUCUCUGUGUUUCAGAAGAUUGCACAAAAAAAAACACGCAGACUGGCUCUUCUGGUCCUUCUGUGUUUCAUCCCAUCGUAUUGUUACCUUAGUGCAUCCGCCCCCAACAUCACUGCAGAUCUAUUCAUAGCUCCUUGUGUCUAAUUUCAGCAUCCAGCCCACUUUUCUUUUUUUUUUUACUAAAUUUCUCACAGUUUUUGCUCAAUUCACUCAUCCAGAAAAGCACAGCUGUGUCACACAGUCGUUACAGAGUUACAACUAUCCAUCUCGCACCCACUUCAUACUGAAUCCCUCAUUUGUUCCUCUCGUCUUUAUUCUGUGAUCUCUGCUGCUCCUUGUCUCUGGCCAGUAUGUGGUCCAACUUCUUUGUGCAGCAGGAAGAGGAGGGCCGCAUGGGGGUCGCAGGGGGCGGUCAGGGCGGGGGUCUGGCCGGAAUGAAGGGUUUUAGAGGAGGACAAAGAAGGACCAACAAGAUGAGUGACAGCCAGGAGGGUAAGAUCAAGCUGGUCUUUUUUGUGGCGAUCGUUGGGGUGACCCUGACGGUGCUGGGCAUGGGAACAGAGUUCUGGGUAGAGCUGGCCCAGCCAAAGAAUUACAGCGGCAACCAGACCUGCCAGAUGGCCCACUACGGCCUGUGGAAGGGCUGCAUCCGCACCCUGUGGGUGGCCGACAUCGACCCGGAGAGGACGAGCUGCGGCCCUGCUGAACUACCUGGAGAAUCCAACUGCACCUACUUCAAGUUCUUCACCUCUGGGGAGAACGCAGUCAUAUUCAAGAAGACGACCAACAGAAAUUUGAACCUAGCAGCAGCCAUUUUGGCUCUUUUGAGCCUGACCAUGAUGGUGAUGGGCUCCAUCUGUAUUGCUAUGUCGCUCAACAAAGGAGUGCCCUUCUUUCUCAAACCAGCUUCCUUCUGUUUCAUCCUAUCAGGUGUUCUGGUUCUCCUGUCGGUGCUGAUUUUCCACCAGUCUGUACUGGCUUUGCUGUCCAGUGACCACUCCAUACCUCUUCACCACGAGCUGUCUUGGUCUGUCGCCUGUGUCGGCUCAGCUGGGGCCAUCCUCAUUAUUGGAGGUGUCCUGUUCAUCUUCCUUGCUCUCCCUUUUAGUCCCUGGCAAAAAUGCUUUCCACACAAGGAUAGCACCACCUAGCCCUUAAAAUAUGAAUACUGCAAACGAUAUCCUCAGUAUUUGUUUUGAGGAAGCGAACACCAAAUUCCAACAGCUGUGACUUUAAGCUUGCAUUUGGUAUGUAACUUGUCAUAAAAGACACACUAGGUCUUAACUGAAUUUGAGAAGAGGAAUGAAUGACACAUAAAACACAGGAAGGCCUCUAGACUUAGGAUUUUACAGUAAUCUUUGUUAUGUCAGUAAUGUGUAGCGAUAAAGAUGAAACGACUCUUUUAGAAUUAAAGCCGAAUCACAAAUAAACCAAUAUGUCUUUGCAUGCCAAAAGCUGUAAAACUGCAAAUAAAUAUUCUAUUUUUACUAA